AUGUUACCACAAGAAGCAUUGAAUACUCUUAUGACAUUUCUACAUGCUCAUGGUUAUAGAAAAGUGAAGGGAAUUAGUAUUGAUACAAUAAAAAAAGUGGCUUCAAUUAUUCUCAAAGAUAAUGUUUUUGGUUAUGGUAACAAAAUUUAUAAGCAAAUAACUGGUGGUGCUAUGGGUUCAUCAUUUACAUUAACAUUAGCUAAUAUUUUCAUAUACAUUGAUGAUAUUUUUAUGACUUGGAAUAGAUCUGAAGAAAAAUUAAGAAAAUUAUUAGAUGAUGUAAAUACAUGGCCUCCAAAUAUUAAAUUAGACUAUAAAAUUGGUAAUAGUCUUCCAUUUCUUGAUGUACAAGUCACAAAUAAUGACGGAAUCCUAUCAAAAUCUGUCUAUCAUAAGACUGCAGCUGAACCAUAUGUUACACCAUUUACAUAUGAUCAUCCUCGACAUGUUUUUUCAAAUAUUAUCAAAACUUCUAUUGAACGUGCAACAAGAUAUUCAUCGACAUUCGAAGCCUUUAAUUAUGAACGACGUUCCAUUAAAUUGAUGUUACUAUACAAUGAUUAUCCAUCAAUAUUUAUUGAAAAUGAGUUUCACAAAUAUUUUUCUGAAUAUAUAUCAAAAUCACCAUUUCUACCAUUAAUUGACGACGAACGGAAAUAUUUUCUUAUGCGAAAACAAAUCUUAGGCCAACCAACACCUCGGCAAUCACAAGUGGCCAUGAGUGCAGCACUGGCUGGCAUUGACAACGAUUCACCAGAUGAUGAUGAGAGACAACAACCAGACCCAUACAAAAACAAAUCUGAAGAAAAAAUCUCGAACUAUAAUGAAAAAUUCUAUACUCAUUUUACACAUGAAAAACGUUUCGAAACAUGCAAACGAGAUAUGCAUCAAGUAUACAAUCAUGCAUUUAAAGAUACAUCAGCAAUGUACACAAAACAAAUCGUCGGCAACUGCAACCGUCGUCAAGCACACAAUGAACUAAUACGCAAACGACCAAACAAAAACAUUGUUACAAAACACAACAAUCACCAAAAGUAA